AUGAGCAUAAAAGGUUGUCGCAAUUGUAGCUCGCUUCAAUCUCAAAUCGAUCAGAAGGAUGUGAUCAUUGAAAAGUUUCAACGAAUCGCCAGAUGUCAAUUCGAACUUAUUCAAGAUUUGUCUCAAGGUGAAAACUUCAACUACCCCACGACUACUUCCUUCUUUGAAAAUGAGGCUUUGUUGACCGCUCGUCCAGCUAGCGGGAAAUCAGUUGCCAAUCGUUCUUAUUAUCGCGCCUAUAUCGGACCUCUGACUGACGACAUUGACAAGGAUGCUUUAAAGACAAUUCUCGAAACUUCGUUCGGCACGGUUGAAGCGCUCGACUUUAUCCCUGGGAAGUCAUGUGCCUUUGCAAACUUCUCAUCUCCAAGCGCCUAUCACAAUGCUGUCAGUGUUGGCGCCGUUCAGGUCAAGGGAAACAUGUUGAGUGUAGAGCAAGCAAAGAAGCCGCUAAGAUCUCCUCGCAACAAUAGAAAGAAAUUUCCCAUCGCUUAA